CAUUUGUCCAUUUGGUAUAUUAUUUGCUCUCGCUUAAUAUUUGUCCAUUUACAGCGCCAUGCUUAACGAUUUUUGGAAUGUGAUCGGACGAUUAUUGCAGAGAUUUACUAUGUAUAUUUAUUAUGUAAUUUACUAUAUUUUUAUUAUGUAUUUACUAUAUUUCAUUAUGUAUUUACUUUAUUUUUAUUAUGUGUUUACUGUAAAUUUACUAUAUAUUUAUUACAUAUUUACUGCAAUUUGUUACAUAUUUAUUAUAUAUUUACUAUGAAUUUACUAUAUACUUAU